ACGUCGGGAGUCGUAGUUCUCGGCAGAGGCGGUUGGCGGCCCCAGACCCAGCUUCGGCCUCACCCGGAUGGCGGCUGCGACGAGCAGCUGCCGGCCCUGGGGCUCUCUCGUUGGGCUGAUCUGGCUGGUCUCGGCCGCGGCCGCCUCCUGGGACCUGAAUUCGCUGCGCUGCAACUUCGGCUCCUUCUGCGAAUGUGACUUCCGGCCCGACUUGCAGGGUCUGGAGUGUGACCUGGCCCAGCACCUGGCGGGCCAGCACUUGGCCAGGUCACUGGUGGUGAAGGCACUGAAGGCGUUCCUGCAGGAUCCAGCCCCCGCCAAGCCGCUGGUCCUCUCUCUGCACGGCUGGACUGGCACUGGCAAGUCCUACGUCAGCUCCCUGCUGGCACACUACCUCUUCCGGGAUGGCCUCCGUAGCCCCCACGUGCACCACUUUUCCCCAGUCAUCCACUUCCCCCACCCCAGCCACAUGGAGCGUUACAAGAAGGAUCUUAAGAGCUGGGUGCAGGGGAACCUCACUGCCUGCAGCCGCUCCCUCUUUCUCUUCGAUGAGAUGGACAAGCUGGCCCCAGGUCUGAUAGAAGUCCUACGACCUUUCCUGGGCUCCUCCUGGGUUGUCUAUGGGACCAACUAUCGCAAAGCCAUCUUCAUCUUCAUCAGCAACACCGGCGGUGAGCAGAUCAAUCAGGUGGUGCUGGAGGCAUGGCGCAGCCGCCGGGAACGCGAAGAGAUCGGCCUGCAGGAGCUGGGACCGGUCAUCUCCCAGGCUGUGCUGGACAACCCGCACCAUGGCUUCUGGCGCUCGGGCAUCAUGGAAGAGCAUCUCCUGGACGUCCUGGUGCCCUUCCUGCCACUCCAGCGGCACCACGUGCGGCACUGUGUGCUCAACGAGCUGGCCCAGCUGGGCCUGGAGCCCAGGGAUGAGGUGGUCCAGGCCGUGCUGGACAGCACCACCUUCUUCCCCGAGGACGAGCAGCUCUUUUCCUCCAAUGGCUGCAAGACGGUGGCUUCCCGAAUCACCUUCUUCCUCUGACUCUCCCAGCUGGCAUCCCUGUCCUCCUCUACCUGGCCAGGCCAUGAAGGAAAGCCCUGGACCCUCUGCCGGAGGGUCCCUGGUCCUGCAGAGUGGGACCCAGAGCAUACUGUGAAGAUGAGGAGGGCUGUUGGCUGGGCCGUGAGACAGAAGGCCUGGGCAGGCCCUGGCUCUUCAUUGGUCUGAGGGCAUCUUGGCCUUUGCCUCCUUCCUCAGGGAAAUCACUGGUCACCCCAGAAUUUCAAGGAGACUUGACCGCAGCCUGAGCCUUCUUAAAAUGUGAAUUGUAACUCAGGGACAGUGGCUCAUGGCUGUGCCCUCCUUCAUUCUGUUCCUCUGGCCCUUGCCCCAGUACCGUACCACACCCCCCCG